UGCGCGGGAGCCGGCAUGAGGGGCAGGGCCGGGCCGGAGGCGGGGCCGGGCCCUGGGCAGAAGACCUGAGGGCCGAGGGCUCGGAUCCGGGAGAGGUUAAACACUUUAAGAUGAGAAAAAUUGAUCUGUGUUCGAGUUCUGAGGGGACCGAAGUGAUUUUAGCUACAUCAAGUGAUGAAAAACAUCCACCUGAAAAUAUUAUUGAUGGGAAUCCAGAAACAUUUUGGACCACAACAGGAAUGUUUCCCCAAGAGUUCAUUAUUUGUUUUCACAAACAUGUAAGGAUUGAAAGGCUUGUAAUCCAAAGUUACUUUGUGAGGACCUUGAGGAUUGAAAAGAGCACAUCUAAAGAGCCAAUUGAUUUUGAGCCGUGGAUUGAAAGAGAUCUAGUCCACAAGGAGGGGCAGCUUCAAAAUGAAGAAAUUAUGACCCAAGAUGGCCACGCCACUCAUUUGAGAUUCAUUAUUAUAUCAGCCUUUGAUCAUUUUGCAUCUGUGCAUAGUGUUUCUGCAGAGGGACUAGCAGUCUCAAAUCUUUCUUAGUAAUUAUAACAAAAUACUCUUGCAUGGUUUUUUAACAAUAUAUUUAUUUAAACAUGAAGUUGUCAUUGAUAUGCCUUAUUAAAGGGAUUUGUAUUAA